CUUUUUUCUCCUAGAUCUGCAAUGAUGUCUAAUCUCACCGCAGUGUCAGAAAUCAUAUUGGUUGGAUUCCCUGGGCUUCCCGAUGCCUUCAAUGGCUUGGUAUCUACCGUUAUGUUCUUUGCCUACAUGAUAUCGCUGACUACCAACGGCACUGUCAUAUUUUUGGUCACCUUUAAUGAAAAUCUCCAUCAGCCCAUGUACCUGUUCAUAGCCAACCUUGCCACCUCAGAUCUUUUAUUUGACACCGUGACAUUGCCAAAACUCAUUGCCAGAUAUUGGUUUGGAGCUUCCACCAUUCCUUUGAGGAUGUGCUUCUUCCAGAUCUUCUUGGUUCAUUAUUUUGGAGGUCUGGACUCAUUCCUGUUGAUGCUGAUGGCUGCAGAUCGGUACGUGGCCAUCUGCCAUCCACUGCGAUACACCUCCAUUGUCACCAAUAAAGUAGUCACCAUUUCCUGUGGCUUCUGCUGGACGAUUUUGUCUCCUUCUACAAAUAUAGCCGCUACCGUUCUAGCGUCACAGAUCCCCCUGUGUGGCCCCAACAAGGUAAACAGUUUGUUCUGCGGCUAUACGGCGUACGCGGCAUUGGCAUGUACCGAUAUUUCCCGCCCAAGAAAGGUGGUCUUUGUCUUUGCUAUGGUCGUUCUUUUGGUGCCACUGGGGCUGAUAUUAGUGUCAUACAUCAAAAUAAUAGUGACCAUCUCAAUGACUCGCUCCGAGAGCCUCCGGAGGGCGUUUUCCACCUGUUUGACCCAUUUGCUGGUCAUUGCUUUUUACUUCGCUCCGAGAAUCUUUAUGUACAUUGUAAGCAAUAUUCCAUUUGUCAGGAUAAAACCUGAUGUAGGCGCUCUCCUACUUUAUCUCUACUCAUUUGUACCUCACAUGGCCAAUCCAAUCAUCUAUUUCCUUCGGACCAAAGAGAUCAAACAAACUUUGAGACGGGCCCUUCAGGGAAGCAAAUUUAGAGAGAAAGCCUGAUUGAGAUGAACGAUAUUAUUGACAAGAUAACUGCUAAA